UAUAAUGAAGUAUGCUUGCAUGACUUGAUGUGCUUUUAUAAGCGAGAUAAUUCAACAAAAUAUAAUGCUGAUGAGUUUUUGUUGUUUUGCUCGGAUAAAAUGACAGAAAAACUGUGCACAGAUGCCGAAGAAAAUACGAAAGAGCAAAGUGAUGAAUGUCUAUGGCACACUCUAAGACAGUUCAGAGUAACGGCUUCCAAAAUUUCGGAAACGUCGAAAUGUAAUACUCCUGAAGGAGUAUUAAAAGAAAGCAUUUUUGGGGCUCAAAUGUAUGAUUCAGUAUAUAUGGAGCGAGGAAGACUACUGGAGAAAGAGAUUAUAAAAGAAUUAGAAACGGAGUAUGAAACUAAAAUUAAAAAGGUCGGUUUAAUGUUAUCUUCUAGUCUACCAGCACUUGGUGCUUCACCUGAUGGAAUCAGCGAGGAGUUUGUGGUUGAAAUAAAGUGCCCAGCGAAGGUCUCUACUGUUAAGAAUUACAUAUCCUUGAAAGGAGACGUUGUUAAAAAGUACUAGGCUCAAACACAAAUGCAAAUGCAUUUCUGUAAAAGACAAAAAGGAGUUUUUGCUUUUGCGUCAACGAAUUUUGAAUCAGACCACAAAACGCAAAUCGUUGUAGUAACCUACGAUAAGAAAUUUUGU